GCUCCAUUGGUCAGAAAAAUGCAGCACCAUAUGUAGCCACUAAGGGGGCAAUCAUUGCCAUGACAAAAGCCAUGGCUGUGGAUGAGAGUCGAUAUCAAGUGAGAGUCAACUGCAUUUCCCCUGGUAAUGUGAUGACACCUCUGUGGGAGGAGCUGGCUGGACAGACUGCAGAUACCUUAGCCACCAUUAAAGAAGGAGAGAACGCUCAGCUGCUUGGUCGAAUGGGGACAGAAGCUGAGAGUGGGUUGGCUGCUCUGUACCUGGCUGCUGAUGCUACGUUCUGCACUGGGAUAGACCUGCUGCUUAGUGGAGGGGCAGAACUCAACUACGGCUACAAGAGCCAGGUCCCAUGAGCAGGCCUGUCACUCCGGGCCUUGUGCCUACCUGACCAAUAACAGGACCUGUUAUGUUCUAUUGCCAUCCUGCUUGUGAUUGAACCAAUCACCCUGUCUUAUCCAUAGCCACGGGAUGUAGAGGUGCUGGAGAUGGUACAGCACCCCCUGAUGGUGAGAUGGUAAAGCUGCAAUUUGUGUUGUUGCAAUAAAAACGAUGAAACUA